AACAAAAAGAAAUAAAAUUAUUGUUUAAGAAUGGAAUUUUUUAGACAUUUCUGGUAUAGCGAACAGAAAACAGUAUCCAAUAUUACUUAUAAAAAAACAAUAAUGAAAUUAAAGGGUGAAUACGGCUUCAGUUGCGAAAAGGAACUAAGGAGAGGAGAUCACGAAUGCGUUGUAUCAUUGAUAGAUCCUAAAAGAAAAAUUAAAGUGGCAGCUAAAAUCGUGAAGAAGCCAAGAAUGGAGAUAGAAAAGUGGCCUGAACUACUACAUCCUAAUAUUUUACCACUAUAUGAAUAUAUAAUUAUAAGUAAGCAUACAGCAGUCUUCAUCACUCCUUUAAAAAUAGGUACCGUUUCUGAGGAGUUGAAGAAAAAAACAUUUACAAGUCGACGUGAUAGCUUCUUUUUAGGUAGAAAAUGGAUCUAUCAGAUUCAUUGUGCACUACAAUAUUUACAUAAAAGGCAACUUUACUAUUUAAACGUAGGGUUGAGUAAUACUUUACUCUCUCAGAACCUAGAUGUAACAAUUUGCGGAUUCAAAUAUCUAACUUCUAGAAAAUUCAUUCAAGAUCCAAAUUUAAUCGGAUGCAAAAAGAAAUAUAGAUCCCCUGAAGUGUUUUCAUUCGAAGAGAGAAACAUUAAGGCAGAAUUCAGCACUGAAAAAGUAGACAUUUGGUCUGUAGGAAUGCUCUCCUUGUAUAUCAUGGCAGGAGAAGGGUUAAAAAAUAAGCCAUUGUAUAGAAAAACAAUUAAUAUUGAAUGGAGUAAUUGGGAAAUUGAAGUUGGAAAAACGUUAAAAAUAUUGCUUAAAGAUAAAUGGAAACUGAGAGACCUAAUGAACUCUACUCAUCCAUUAGCUAAACUUACACUCGGUAAUUCUGAUCUCUGUUUGAGUUUCUUGAAUAUGUUUUUGCAAACAUCUCCUAGUAAGAGAAUAAAUAUAGAGAAAGCCAUGAGACAUUACUUUUUUUAUCCUUUUAACAAAACAUCGAUAAUGAACAUUGCUAUAACAGUAUGCAAAGAUCCUAAUAGAAGUGCUUCCACUUCUUGUAUUAAACGAAAAAAAUUAUUUGACACUUUUUUGGAGACUCGACGUUCAAUGAAUGAUAUUACAGGAGAAUCUCUUUCGGACGAUAUUUGGAAUUCUAAAUCCAUUCAGAAGAAAACCUACGGAGACUUACUUAGAGAAAUUUGUUUUGUCUCAUAAUUUAAAUUAAAAAUAUGGAAUAUAUUGCAAACA